AUGCGUACCAUUCCUACCUCCUUGUAUCACUCUAGCCGACCACCGCCACGGCUGGCUACCAUAUGUCCUCUUGUCCCCUUCUGUGUCCAAGUGCAUCGCCAUCCAUGUCUGAGGAUCAACCAGUGCCGAGCCUUUCUCAAGCCUCCGUCCCUCGAUAGCCUCUUUGCAACAUCCACACCGUUGCGCCAAUUGACUCACACACGAGUACUUCCUUACCCGUGCUCCUCGGUCUUUGACGCUCUCGUCUCUGUCGACAAAUACCCUUCCUUCCUUCCAUUUGUCCUGUCCGCGAUCGUCACUCAGAGAGAUCAGAACAAGUUGCCAGCACGUGCUAGUUUGAAGGUUGGCUAUGACGCGAUGGGCAUCGAGGAGACCUGGGACAGUAUCGUCAGUGCCAAAGAGGAGCAGGGAAUCAUCGAGGCAAGAAGUGCAGAGGUGGAAGGGGGCAAUGAGGAUGGCAUAUUUGAGGUAUUAAAGACAAAGUGGCAGCUGCAUGACAUAGAGGAUAUUCGAAGACAGGGGGUAGGAUUAGGAGCCCAGACAGCAGUCAAAUUGGACGUAGAGGUCAAGUUCCGGAGCUCGAUGUACGAUAAGAUAUUUGCCGGCGUGGAAGAGAAGGUUGCGGGAAUGAUGGUUGGAGCAUUCGAAAAGAGAAUAAAAGAGUUAGCUGGGACUUGA